AAGCAGCAUUUCCACACAUUUCUUUCCUACAAAGCAACUCAAAGUUGAACAAAACUCAUUUUCCAACUACAUUUCUUCCACCAACUCAUAAAAUCCUCAUAUCUGUUCCCAAAAGCUUGUUUGUGAGAAUGGCUUCGGGUGAAAAGAAAUUCCCACCUCAACAACAACAAACACAGCCUGGGAAGGAGCAUGCUAUGAAUCCAGUACCCCAAUUCACUAGCCCUGACUACAAGCCUUCAAAUAAACUUCAAGGAAAGAUAGCAUUAGUGACUGGGGGUGACUCUGGGAUUGGACGAGCGGUGUGUAACUUGUUUGCCUUAGAAGGUGCUACCGUGGGCUUCACAUAUGUGAAGGGGCAUGAGGACAAGGACGCGAGGGACACGUUGGAAAUGAUCAAGAGGGCUAAGACUUCGGAUGCUAAAGAUCCAAUGGCGGUACCAGCUGAUUUGGGUUACGACGAGAAUUGCAAGAGAGUGGUUGAUGAGGUCGUGAAUGCUUAUGGUUGUAUUGACAUUCUGGUCAACAAUGCAGCUGAGCAAUACGAGUGUGGAACAGUGGAGGACAUUGAUGAGCCUAGGCUUGAGAGGGUCUUUCGUACAAAUAUCUUCUCCUAUUUCUUCAUGACCAGGCAUGCCUUGAAGCACAUGAAGGAAGGAAGCAGCAUUAUCAACACGACAUCGGUGAAUGCAUACAAGGGAAAUGCGAAACUAUUGGACUACACGUCCACGAAGGGAGCAAUUGUGGCCUAUACAAGGGGACUUGCUCUUCAGUUGGUGAGUAAGGGAAUUCGGGUUAAUGGGGUGGCUCCUGGGCCUAUUUGGACCCCAUUGAUACCCUCCUCUUUCAAGGAGGAAGAAACGGCUCAAUUUGGUGCCCAGGUGCCAAUGAAGAGAGCUGGCCAGCCUAUUGAGGUUGCUCCGUCUUAUGUUUUUCUUGCUUGCAACCAAUGCUCCUCUUACAUAACUGGACAAGUCCUUCACCCCAAUGGUGGAACCGUUGUCAAUGGUUAAACCGUUGUUGAUGAUAUUCGGGAUGAAUAUAUGGGACAAGAGUUGUUUUGUGACUUGUAGACAAGUGUUACGUUUUGUGUGAAUGUUUUACGGUGUGUAACUCGCUCAGGUCCUCUCUGUACUUUUAGAGUUGGGGCUUGGAGGAUUAUCCACUUUUGAAUGUACAAGUUAUUAGCCUAAGAAAACGUGUCUUUUGUAGCCAAAGAUAUGUAAAAGAGUUAAAGUAUAUAAUAAAGAUCGGUAUGUAUUAAGGCUUAAA